AAUGCUUUUUCAGCCCAGUAGGAGUCAGCUAUGUGCACGUCACAAGAUUCGGAGGAAACCCAUUUACCCUCCUAUUUGCUUCUACAAAGUUGAAAAAGCUGCAAGUGGGAGGGACCCCCUGGAGGCUCAUUCUGUUCCUUUUAGAUUUGACCUAUGAAUGUGUUGGAGGCAAAAAACAAUCAUCAUAUAGUCUCCUUUCAUACUGUUUAAAUCACAGGAAGCAGCAGCUUCAAGAAAAAGAUUGAACCAAAAUGACAGCUUCUCAGUUUGACUGUCAAUAUUGCAGAGCAUCACUUAUUGGGAAGAAGUUUAUGCUAAAGGAUGGCAAUCCAUAUUGCAUUAAAUGUUAUGAUCGCAUCUUUUGUAAUUACUGUGAGGAGUGCAAGGAAGUAAUUGGAUCAAAUUCCAAGGAUCUUUGUUACAAAAGCCGGCACUGGCACGAAAGAUGCUUCAAUUGUGCCAAAUGCAAUCACUCUUUGGUGGAAAAGCCUUUUGCUGCCAAGGAUGAGCGCCUGCUGUGCUCGGAGUGCUAUUCGAAUGAGUGCUCCUCCAAGUGCUUCCACUGCAAGAAGACCAUCAUGCCUGGCUCCCGCAAAAUGGAAUUUAAGGGGAACUACUGGCACGAAACCUGCUUUGUGUGUGAGCAUUGCCGACAGCCAAUAGGAACAAAACCUUUGAUUUCCAAAGAGAGUGGCAAUUAUUGUGUGCGGUGUUUUCAGAAGGAGUUUGCUCACUACUGCAGCUUUUGUAAGAAGGUGAUAACUUCAGGUUGGAUAACAUUUCGUGACCAGCCGUGGCAUAAAGAGUGUUUCCUGUGUAGUGGCUGCAGGAAGGAGCUCUGUGAAGAAGAGUUUAUGUCCAGAGAUGAUUAUCCAUUCUGCUUGGACUGCUACAACCAUCUUUAUGCCAAAAAGUGUGUAGCCUGCAACAAACCCAUUACUGGCCUCCGAGGUGCCAAGUUUAUCUGCUUUCAAGAUCGCCAGUGGCACAGUGAAUGCUUUAACUGUGGGAAGUGCUCCGUCUCCUUGGUGGGGGAAGGCUUCCUGACUCAGAACAAGGAAAUCUUCUGCCGCAAAUGUGGCUCCGGGGUGGAGACUGACAUCUAGAAGGAGACGGUCCUUCCGUACCUGAAAUCCACCUUGCUUUUGUUCUCACUAAAUCCAGCACU